AUGUCACCCGGCUGGGUCCCCCUCGCUCAUGCUAAGGGCCGGCAGGAGACAGGGCAGGCGGUGCAGUCAGUAGCGGUCAGUCCACACGUUAGAGUCCGAAUGACCCCGCGGGGUCAGGGGUCCAUAGCGGCCGCACCUCCCGGCAGGUCUCUCUCCGUGGAUGGGGGUGACCCAGGCCCCGGGAGAAGGUUGCGGGGAGAGGGCCUAGGCCCGGAGUCCACGAGCGGCCUCUCGCCUCCUCCCGGCUUCCGGACGACCGGCGUCGGCGUCCCCAGGCCCAGGCCCCCACCGCACACACACCCUGGCGCCUGCUCCCCGGAGGCCACGAGCGGCCCGCGGCCUAGGCCGAGAUCGCGCGAUCGGCGGAGGAGAGGCCUUCCAGCGGCCGCCCGGUUCGGCUCCGCCUCCCCCCCGCCGCCGCGCCGCCUCCUGACACAAAGCCGGUGCGGGGCCCAGCUAGGCCGCGAGGCCCUUCCUCACCACCCCGGGCCCCGGCCGACAGCUUCGCCGCUCUCCGGCCCGCACCGCGCGCCGGCGACACCUCCGCGCCAGGAACUAUGGCGGACGCGGCCUGGCUUCGGGCGAGCGCCCCCACUCCGGGGUCUCUUAAGCAGAGACAGCACGGGCGGCGCACGCGAGGCGGGGCUUGGGCGUGCGCCGAUAGGCGGGCCGGGGGCGGGGCCGUUGCGUCACAAAGCGCACCGGCCCGCCCACGUGACCUCGCGCUUUGUGACUCGGAGCGUGGAACCUGAAGCAACGCGGAGAACGGGAGGAACUACGCGCGUCGGGAGGGAGGGGGAGGCGGACUGUCCUACUGGGCCAGCCUGGAAGGGGCGCUCACCGCAGCCGCGGCUCAAACUGCGGAGGGGGCGUACCCAGGGUAGCAGGACCAUCUGGAAGGGGCUGUGUGAGUUCACAGAACCCAAAGCUGAGGGCCUCCAGUACGAAGGGCUGGAUGCCCCAGUCUAUGAGGUCACCCUGAGAGUUUCUCUGGGGACACUAAACACCCUUGCUGAUGUCCCAGACAAUGUGGUGCAGGGCAGAGGCCAGAAGCAGCUGACCAUUUCCACCAGUGACCAGAAGCUCCUGAAUUUCAUCCUUCAGCAUGGGACAUACACCAGCAAGGUAUACCAGCUUCACAAGGUGGACAUGGUGAGUUUGGAGUCCAAGUCCUCAGUGGCCAAGUUUCCAGUGACCAUCAACCAACCUAUUGUACCCAAGUUGUAUGACCCUGGACCUGAGAGGAAGCUCAGGAACCUGGUGACCAUUGCCACCAAGACUUUCCUCCGUCCCCACAAGCUUAAGAUCCUGCUGCAGAGUAUUUGAAAAUAUUACCCAGACUUAACUGUGAUUGUGGCCGAUGACAGCAAGGAGCCCCUGGAAAUUAAAGAUGACUUCAUGGAGUAUUACUCUAGGCCCUUCAGGAAGGGCUGGUUUGCUGGUAGGAACCUGGCCAUCUCACAGGUGAACACUAAAUACGUCCUCUGGGUGGAUGAUGACUUUCUCUUCGACAACAAAACCAAGAUUGAGGUACUGGUGGAUGUCCUGGAGAAAACGGAACUGGAUGUGGUUGGUAGCAGCGCACAGGGAAAUGCGUUCCAGUUUAGGCUGUUGUUGGAGCAGAGCGAGAAGGGGGGCUGUCUUCACCAGAGGUGGGGAGGGUUCCAGGCCCUCGAUGGCUUCCCCAGAUGCAUGGUGACCAGCGGUGUCGUAAACUUCUUCUUGGCUCACACAGAACAACUCCGAAGAGUUGGUUUUGAUCCUCGCCUACAACGAGUGGCUCACUCAGAGUUCUUUGUUGAUGGGCUGGGGAGCCUGUUGGUGAGCUCGUGCCCAGAGGUGACUGUACAGCACCAGUCACGGGAACCAUGGAAGGAUCCAGACAUGGCUGCCAUGGAGAAGUCUUAUAACACAUACCGGGCCAACAUCAAUGCUCAGGUUCAAUUCAAGCUAGCUCUCCACUACUUCAAGAACUAUCUGCAGUGCUCCACUUAG